GAAGUUUGAAGUGUUUCUACGCAUGCGCAGCUGAGGCUGUUUGUCCAGUUGGGCUGGUUUGACUUUUGCCAGCGAGCUUUCAGAGUCGAGUUUGCGGUUCCCAUGCGGAGCAUUUGAGGCACGUCAACCCGCGGGCGGUGCUUCCAUACCGGUCCAGAUGCUCGAGACUUUCCUCCCGCCUCCUCGGAGCGUGUGACUAAAGCUUCCCGCUGCAGAGCGUCACGGCGGGAUCCCUCUAUCUUGUGUGUCGGACGGUGGGCAUACUACAAGGAAGCAGGCGGCAGGUGCACCCGGGAGAGGACGAGGUAGGGCGGGAGGAAGGAGGAGGAGCAGGGCGGCCCCCGCGGAGAAGAAAUCAACUGGUUGGCUUCUUCCAUUAGCAUGCGUGUCGAGUCCCCGCGUCCUAUCUGAGUCGGCGAGUCUCCUCCUGCGCCUACCGACCGAGUGACUCCUCGGCCCGGGGCUGAGGACGCGGAGUAGACGAGACGCUCGGAACACCACAGUGGCGGGACACCCCUAUUCACUUGAGGGAAGAAUGAUGGGCUUUUUGCGCCGGACUUUUAGCCGUCGCUCGCGAAGCCGCUUCCAGGCAAGAGAGAGGGACGAGCGGGACGGUACGGCCGGAGGAGGGAACCCCUUGCUCAUGGCCCACCAGCAGCAGGUCGUUCACGCGCCUGCCGUGGUCACCGGGGGAGCGGCUGUCCACAUCCCGGCUGCCGGGAACGCGAGGACUGCCAUCACCUGCCGAGUCCUGCUGCUGGACGGCUCGGACGUCAGCGUGGAUUUAUCUAGCAAAAGCAAAGGCCAGGACCUUUUUGACCAAAUCAUGUAUCACAUAGAUCUGGUGGAGGCGGAUUACUUUGGCCUGCAGUACAUGGACACAGACCAAGUCUCGCACUGGUUGGAUAUGUCCAAACAAAUCAAGAAGCAGAUCCGAGAUGGUCCGCCAUUUCGACUGUUCUUUCGAGUAAAAUUUUACUCCUCAGAGCCAAAUAACCUGCGGGAAGAAUUCACAAGGUACCUGUUUGUGCUGCAGCUUCGACAGGACAUUUUGUCUGGAAAAUUGAAAUGUCCAUAUGAUGUCUCAGUAGAGCUGGCUGCCUAUUGUUUGCAAAGCGAGCUAGGAGACUGCGAUCCUUUGGAACACUCUCCUGAGCUGGUGUCGGAGUUCCGCUUCACUCCCAAGCAGAGCGAGGCCAUGGAGGCGGACAUCUUCGGCAGGUGGUUGGAUCUCAGAGGGAAGAGUCCGUCUCAAGCUGAGAUCUCCUUUCUCAACAAAUGCAAGUGGCUGGAGCUUUACGGCGUAGAUAUGCAUUUUGUUAAGGGAAGAGACGGGGGUGACUAUGCACUCGGCCUAACUCCUACUGGCAUCCUGGUGUUUGAGGGUUCCAACAAAAUUGGCCUCUUCUUUUGGCCCAAAAUCACUCGUCUGGACUUUAAAAAGAGUCGACUCACCCUGGUGGUGGUGGAGGAUGACGAUCAGGGCCGUGAGCAGGAACACACAUUUGUGUUCCAGCUGGCCAGCGCCAAGAGCUGCAAGCACGUGUGGAAGUGCGCCGUGGAGAGCCACGCCUUUUUUCGGCUACGCCAGCCAACCACUGGCAAGCCAGGGCGCAGUGACUUCACGCGACUUGGCUCCCGUUUCAGAUUCAGUGGUAAGACGGAGUAUCAGGCGACCCACGGAAGCCGGCUAAGGAGAGCCAGCACAUUCGAGAGACGGCCAAGCAAACGAUACCCCUCCCGUACGCAGUCUCUGGGCAAAGUCGCCGCCAUUUCUCCGGCCAAGCCGCCACGCAUCAGCCCUGAUCCCAGCCUACAUGCAUACCAGCACAACAUCCCGGUGGUGGGUCACGAGGCGUGGCGCCCAUCCCACCCUGCCUACACGCCCUCAGUUUACCUGCAGCCGGCUGCUCACACUCACACGGCACCGCACAGCUUCCCUCUGAGCGGUCCGGCCUCCGACCAUCAGCUCAGCGUGGAAGAGAAUGAGACGUCCUAUUCUGGCAAGGUGCAUCGCCGCCACCGCCGCCACACGCACAGCCAGGAAACGCUCUGCCACACACACAACAAAAUCAAGUGUCAUGCUUCACCUUGUCACGGAGAAGAGUUGGAUAUGUCUCCGUCUUUCCGCAAGGCCGUGGAGUCGGACAGCGAGUGUCCUGCGUGGCCGUCGUUCUGCAUCAACAUGGACAACAAGGGAGAAGAGAAGCAGCUCUCGGAAAAGUCUCUGCACCCCUCCACCGCCUCCUCGCCAGCCCUACUCCCAGACCACCUCAAGUGCAACAUUCUUAAGGCCCAGAUGGAGGCGGCUUUCAGGAAGGACGGUUCAUUGAGUCCAAGAGGAAAGAACGCUAAUAUGCCAUUCAAGGACAGGUAUCAGAACUCUUCUCAAGACUCAUCUGCAUCCAGUUUUUCUACGGACAAAAUGUCCCCGAGACCAGACGGCCGUUUUUCAUCCGACAGGCUUCAGCCAAACUCAAACUCGUGCACCAACCGCAGGAAACGUCUCGUCAGACAAUUCAGCUUUAACCAUGAAGAUGAAGAGAAUCUUCCUGAAGCUCUGGCAGCCAUCUCCUGUGAAAGCACGGGGAAAUCUGGCUCCAGUAGUUCACUGGACAAACAGAUUCAGCCCUCCAUUUACCCACAGGUGGAUAAUGUGCCAACACUGGAAGUGGCUAGUUCAUGCUGUGUCUCCCCUUUGCCUUCUCCCCACCUCUCUCCUUCGUGCUACUGUAGUCCCCUCCCUCACUUGGCCCCUUACCUUGCAGCCCAUCACGACAGUGAGACACAACUAGCAACCAGAGCCAAGUGUGCAGUUCUACCAUAACACCAUUUACCUAUGGAGAGGAAGUGAGGCUGGACAGAGAGAAGAUCCUGCGAGCGCUCUUGAUGACCGAGCUCUGAGUAAACAUCUCAUGCCGUCUUGACGUGGAAGCAAAAGGAGACCUAAAGGCGCAUUUUUGUUCUUUUUUUUUUUCCAAUUUGCAUACAUGAUGCAAAAAUAGGAACAUAGAGAAUCAAUAUGAAAAAUUUGCUCUUUAAAUGCUGCGUUUUUGUGAUAUAAAAAUGUCACCUAGACAAAUCAGUCAAAAAUUUUGAAUUUAACCUCUUAAUUAUUUUGGUAGAGGUUACAAUUAUGAGGGGAACAUAUUCAUCUUGGUCUCAUUUUUGAUACUGUAUCACAGAAACCUGGGGUGUGUAGACUUAUUGUAGUCAUUGCAUUGAACUUGAAUGUACUUGACUUAUUCCAAGAGAAUAACAUUUUUAUUGCGCCUGAGGCAAGAAAUGGAUGUUCAACUUAGCAUACACUGCAUAUCCAAGUAUAGCUUUGUCAACUUUAUACUGUACUCUUAUAGACAAAAAAUUUUUGGAUACUGGGCUGUUCCACCUCCAUCUUUGUUCUAGCUGAUCCCAAAGGCGUUAAAUGAGAUUCUCUUCCGCACAAAAUCACCCAAGCAUGCCUUUUUCUUAUGGACCCUUCUUCGUUGACUUCCCCAACCUGCUUUCCAGUUUCAAUUAUCCAACAGGGCUUGGAAUUUGGGGGUAUUAUCUCAUCCAUUGAGUGUAUUUUUCAAAUAAGCAGCUGAAGUCCAAGCCAUUUUGUCCAGAUUGUGUUGCAUGCGCUUUCUAAAAAGUGUCAACAUCAUCCAUUAAAGUUCACUACUCCUUCUAUGUUUUCGUUCCUCUCAGAAAUUUAAGGAAUGUUUUAUUGGGAUAUUAUAUACGACCCAUAAAAGUAUUGGUUGGUUGGUUUAUUAAGAAUCAAAGGAACUUCUACUGUAAGUUAUUAAAGUAUAUAUUAAUAUCUUGCAAUGUACUACGAUCAUUUCUUGAGUUUCAAAUGUAUGUUGUAUUUUUUAAAUGUAUUAUUGCUAUAAAGAAAAAGCAAAGUACAGUGGUACCUCUACUUACGAAUGUCUCUACAUACAGAAUUUUCAGGUUACAUAAGCCUCAACGGGAAACUAUUGCCUCUUGUUUCAGGAUACGAAAAGCAAAGCAGUUCCCAGAGUUUCCUGAACAUAACAUAAUUAUAGCUGCUCUGCUAUUGGCUAUUGCCUAGCAUCUUCCUGGCAUUCAAUUGGCUAAGAAGGGCCUCUACUGCAUGUGUAUGUGUAUCCAAUCAUCCUCUUCAUUCGCUCCUCUGGCGAUGAGGUGUUCCGACAGCUUUACGUAAGUGUAUUAACUUUUAUUCUUUGUUUUUUUUACAUGCCGUAGUUUUCGGACUAUACAACACACCUGAGUAUAAGUCGCACCAGCCAAAAAAUGUGCAAUGAAAAGGUUAAAAAACAUAUAUAAGUCGCACCAGCGUAUAUGUCGCAUUUUGGGGGGGAAAUGUAUCUGAUAGAAUCCAGCACCAAGAACAGACAUGUCAUCUUGAAAGGCAAUUUAAAAUACAAUAGAGAACAACAGGCUGAAUAGGUUAUGGUAUACUAACAUAACAUGACGCUAGAAUUUAAAUCGGGCCUAAAAAAUCCAGCCCGAACGGACCGUGGGUAUUAAAGCCCGACGCGAACCGAGCCUGAUCAAUUAACUUGAUUUGCUUGCCAAGCCCAAAAAAACUCAAUUUUAUGUUUUAUUUGUAGGCACGAGCCCGAAAAAAAAACAAAAUUAUAUGUUUUAUUUGUGAGGACUCAGACGAAGGAGGAAAUGCGGGGAUGCGAUGCAUGGUUGCGUUUUGUUUGAUCACGUUUGUGACGAUGCCAGUGCACAUAUGCAUAAUGAUAACAAAUUAAAGCCUGUCUUUUGUAACGAAUUCUCCCAGUUAAACAAGACUGUAAGAUGGAUAUUCAAUAAACAUUUAUAUCUUUUAUAUUUGCGUGUCUGUUCUAAUAGGCGGAUAGUGGAUUUGACAUUUAUUUUAAUCUCCUCUAGUUGGCAGAAAAAAACGUUUCUCAAUGUUUAAAUAGUCUACAUAUUUUUAUGAUCAUUAUAAAUGCAUUUACACAACGAAAUAACGCUGGAAAAGUUCGUUAAAUAUAUUUCUCAUGAGACCAAAGUGUUACAUUCGUUUACAUUCAGCGAGGCCAACACAGGUUUCCGUAUCUUCAACAAUCAAUUUGAAUCCUUUCCAUAUCCCACUCCUACCGCAGUUGUUUGCUUUUCAAUUCCCCUUUCUUUAGUUUGUUUUUCACUCCUUUAGCUGUUCCAUAUCGAAAAGGAAAUACCAGGAUGCUUGCGGAGGGGAAGAUUGAAAAGAGAGCGUGGCCACUGCGUUCACGUGCGCAGGAAUGCACAGCACCUUCUCUGUUUUAUCCAAAUUAUUUAUUUUAUUUAACAUCCAUACAUCGUUUUGGUAUGAAUAUAUAAAUAUAUAUUCAUUUAUUAAAAAGUUAGCGAGAGUGAAGUCGGCCCGGCCCGACCGUAAAUAAUCACACAUAAAUCGCUCCAGAGUAUAAGACGCACCCUGUGCCAAACUAUGAAUAAAAACUGAUUUAUAGUCCGAAAAAUACGGUAAUGCACAACUCUCAUUUUACGUUUAUUGUGCAAUAAUUUAAUUGUAACAUGUAUUUAUUGUAUGUUUUUGAUGCAUUUUUAUGUUUUAUAAAAGAUUUAUGUCUGAAUUUUGGGGGGCUUAGAACAGAUUAGGGUGGGGGUCAGCAACCCGAGGCUCUGGAGCUGCCCUAGUGGAGCUAUUUCAAAAAUGUUUGAAUAUGGCAAAAAAUGGGGGAGGGUGAUAUAUUUUUACUUUCAUUUUGCUUUAGGUUCAUUCUAAUUCAUUAAUUUUGUCAUGAAGUCAAACGAGGCAGCAUCAUACAAUGGAGUGUGUGUCAUCCUCUAUAGAAUGGGAAAAUGGGGAAAAAUAAACAUUUACCAUAUUUUCCGCAAUAUAAGGCGCAUCAGCGUAUAAGGCGCACCUUCAAUGAAUGGCCUAUUUUAAAGACAUUUUCAUGUAUACGGCGCACUGCAUUACAAGGCACAGUAGUAGUAGUAGUUAGGGAUGGGAAUCGAAAUCCAAUUCCAUUUCGGAACCGGUUCCGAGUGUUUCGAGGCCUCGACAUCAUAAUGAAAAAGCCUUAACGAUCCCUAAAGACGCAUAUUGCGUCGUGACGUGUCUUGUUGUCCAGACGCAUCAAACUAGCAUGGCGCCAAGAACCACUCGCUCCAAAGUUUGGCUACACUUCACCAGGAAAAAGGGUGAAAAUGAAAGGUUACGAUAGUUUAGCACGAGCGUUGCCGCCGUAAACAUAACAAUGACAGCACGUAGGUUCGAACGCUCGAAAGUGUGUCUUCACUUCACGAGGAAAAAUUACAACAAAGCGACUUGCAGUCAUUGCGAGAUGGAAAUAACUGCAUCGGGAGGGAAUAGACUGCACUGUCCUCAACGAGACACUAAGGCUCAGUCCUGGCUAUACAGCUAGCUAAAAUCCCAAAUGACGAUGCAGAAGACGUUGGUAUAAUUUGCUGACUUUAUUCAACCAUCACUUGAAACUAAAAAUAGAAAUGAAACAAAUCAAUUUCGUCCCCAAUAACAAACAGGAUUGCAUCAACGUAAAUCAGCGAUGAUUAGCUGCUAACACAGUAAUAACAGUUAGCAUGCGUUCGCUAGCAUUAGCACAUCGUUUAAACCACUACACAACUGGAUUUAAGUAUCCGAUCGCGAGUGGAAACACACAACAACAACACAGAAGAUGAUACAUACAGGCGUUGGCUCUUUAGAUAUUUUACAAACAUUAACAAAGAACGUAGGCUCAUGGCAGUGUUUCCCUUUCUCACUAACUCUCUCACUUGCUUGGAUGCAGCAUUUCUUCUUCUUCACGUGAGCGCGUUCUUCUUCGCGUGAGGAAGCGCAAGGGCGCCACCACUUGAGCGUGAAAGCGCCAUAAAAACUAAAAGGCAUGCAUUUCAAUAUACUAGUAAAUAAAAACAGGGGUCCCCAAACUACGGCCCGCGGCUCCAUAUUUGGUCCGACCCCCUGAACAAUUUCAGAGAGCAUUUUGAAUUUUUUUUGUUUUUUUCUCCCUCAGUAGUGUUAUUUAUUUCCUGGCCUUUUUCAGUGAAGAACUCACAGAGGGUUAUUUGGUUAUUAUCUAUUUAAUUAAUAGUGCUAUUAUUAUUUAUUAUUAUUAUAUUAUAUUAUACUAUUAUUUUUAUUUUAUUUACUUUUGUUCCGUGAAGAAUCCACAGAGGGUUAUUUGAUUGUGGCUUUCUGAAAAACAAUAUUUUUUUUUACAUUUACGCACUCCUGCAAUCGUCACACUUUUUCUGUUACAAACUGACCCCGGCCUCUCAUCAGAGAAGGGAAAAGUUAUGUGGCCCUCACAGGAAAAAGUUUGGGGACAUUGCCAAAGACAGAACAAUAACCUAUAUGCCAAAAUAUACCAAUAUUUUUUAUUUCUAUUAGAAAAAUGUUUCAGUAAAAUGUUACACAUUCUUAUGCAUUUGCCACUUAUUGCCACAGUUAACAUUUAGGCUUUGGGCCUCUUUUGACCUCGUUGUGAGUUUGUAAGGUUGUGACUUCUGAUUAAACAAACUUGAUGCCAAUCAAAAUGUUUGUUCUUCUUUUUCCUGAAAUUAGAAUCGAUAAGAGAGUUGAUAAAGAAUCGAAUCGUUAAGCAAUAUCGAUAAUGGAAUCGGAAUCGUAAAAAUCGUAUCAAUUCCCAUCCCUAGCAGUUGUAGUAGAAGACGUUGCGUUAUGCAUCCACAAGAUGGAGUUGAGCUAAAUGGAAUGUCAUGCUAUGAUUAACCAAUAUUGAUCCAUAUGUAAGGCGCAUCGUAUCAUAAGGCGCACUGUCGGCUUUUGAGAAAAUUUAUGGCUUUCAGUUGCGGCUUAUUGUGCGGAAAUACGAUAAUCAUGAAAGCUCAUAAAGUAUUUGAAGCCAACGUAGUCAUUUUGAUAGUAGGAUAAUAUAGCUAAUAUAGAUAAAUACAGCAUAUGUGUUGCCUUCGUUAUAAGGCUUUCAUAUUUUUGUGGCUCCAGACAUGUUUUUUUUUUGUUUUGCUCCAACAUAUAGCUCUUUCAACAAUUUGGGUUGCCGACCCCCGGAUUAGGGUAUUUACAUGGAAAACGCGUCUCUACUGACAGAUUUUUCAGUUUGAGAAACUACUUCCACAACCAAUUAAUUUAGUAAGUAGAGGUACCACUGUAUGUAUACAACAGAUUUUGCAAAUCAAUAAAGUUUAUUUCCUUGAGAAACAUUAUCCCAAAGAGAUCUUAAUCAAGUGAAAAAUAAAAAUGAUGAAUUAUUUAUUAUGAGGUUGUAUAAAUACUACUGUCUGAAUCUUAUGGUUAGAAUGUGAUUUCAGUGGUUAACAAUUUGUUGCAUUGAUGCAAACUUUUGUUCCUAUAUGAUUUUGGGAUGAUAAUAAUCCAGAUU